UUCAGUACAGCUGAUGUUUAUGAACUAAGAACUAAAAACUCGUAGUUGCAAUCAAAAUGUACACACAUACAUACAAUUGACCACCCGCAACGCAACAACAGAUGCGAUAGUGAACUGUAUGCAACACGCCACUAGACAAUUUCGCUAGCCACUCCUUUGCUGUUGCCCAACCAACUGACCCCUUGAUUGUUAAUGUAUGGUCACAAUCUAUUCGUGCUUUCAUGCCUCUGUCCAUUGUCGAGUGCGUCGUCGCUGUAGACAGUAACUGCGCUAACGUUGUCACAAUUUACCGCCCCAUAAAUUCGACUCGAUAAAAUUUCCGAUGAACAGUCAUAUGUGCAGCAAACGCCUUCGGACCGUCAAUGCUCGUGGACACGUUUCCGCUGCUAUUUCCGCCGUCGGUAGUGAAUCAUGUGCGAACAGCGAGUGUCAUUGGACACAGGCAAAGACAACGCUAACGAUAAUAGAAAAUUUGCUUAAUAGCCAUGGUCAACAGUGAAUUGUAGAGUUAUAGUAUCUAUUGCAUAGCAAGUGGGUACGAGUAAAACACGAAGUGGCAAGAGGUGACGCGGUACAAUGCGCGAAUGAGCAAUCAAGCAAAUUAUAAUGCAAAUGCACGGCCAACUGAACUUAAAUAAAAAUAAAAACAACAAUAUAAAGCAAAAGGCGAAUAUUGCGGGUGUGUGCGUGUGUGUGUGCGUGAAUAGUGAAUGGUGCUGAAUGGGCGUGUAGAGCAAUUUGAAAAAAAAAAUACUUUGUUACAUACAUAGAAACUCGUUAAAAGCUGCAUAAAUGUGCUAUUUUCCGCAAUCCGAUUAAGUUCUUUCGAAAUACCAAAACAACAAGAAAGGAAGGUAUAAAUACAAAUAAAAAAUCGAGCAGCCAAGCCCAUAAGUAAUAUUGUGAAAAAAGUCAAACAGCAGACACACAUAUAAUUACAUGCUGGAAAACCCGCAAAUAUGAGCAGGCAGCAAAAGCGCACAGCCUGUCAGCUCGUCAAACCAUGUGACUGUGUUUGUAAAAGAAUAAAAAAAAAAUAUGUUUAACUAUGUAUCUGUGUGCCACUUUGUCUGGCAUCAUUUGAGUGCCCACUGCUGAUAGCAAAUAAUUGACAAAAAAACAAAACACGAAAGAAAACAACACUCGACUAGCUGCUGGUAAAUUUGCAAGGGUCCUUCUUUGACAUUUGUCCGUUUUUAUUCAGGUGCGCGCAUGUGUGUGUGCUGCUCCAUAUUGAAUUUGUUUUUUUAUUGCUACUCGUGUACUUUUGAGUGGGUGUCAUUGUAUUUUACAUAUUUUCGUGGAUGACUUAUUGCCGGAAAGUUUCCGUUGUGCAAUCGUUUCGCUUGAAUGCGCUUUGAAACGCACUCAGAGUGUCUUUUUCACAACUGCAGUCGCAUUCGUUUGUACCACGUCCAGCGACAGCAUCGAAAACAAUCAGCGGGUCAAAUAGCAGUGCAUAAAUCGUCAUACAUUUACACAUAGACUUUCCGAAAUGCCACCAAAACGGAGACGUCGAUUUCAAGGACUAUACUAUCAUUCGUCACCGCCCAAAGUUCUACCAAUGAAUGGACAAACAUCGAAUCAAGGACGGAAACGUCGUGACGUAGAUGAAUUCGCCGUGAAAUUAUCUACUAUAAGAAUAUGGAUGCACGAAAAGGAUAUUGGCAAGCUGACGCGCAUCUUGUGGGCGGGCCAAGGCAGUCGAUUGUCUCAACAGGCGAGCACAAAUCCGCGUGUCAAGCGAUUUUUGGCAGCCGUGCCGUAUGUUAUGAAUUCGAUCAAGGAUGUGCAUCAGGCCGUCGUCGAUAAUAAUUUGGAAACGUUACAAGCGAAAAUGGAGCCACCGGUGCCGCCCGCCUUAAUCACCUGCCGCGAUGCGAAUGGCCUCAAUCUUGUACAUAAAGCAGCAGGUCUUGGUCACACUAAGAUACUUGAGUAUCUGAUUGGCAUCUGGCCGGAUGGCAUUACAGAGACGGAUAUAACUGGCAAAACGCCACUGCACUGGGCGGCCAGUCACAAAAAUAAUAUGCGCUGCUAUACGCUGCUGACGCAAGCCGGCUGCGAUGAGGAGGCCAUGGAUUAUAAAAUGAAAUCGCCUACUUAUUAUCGCCACAAGCCACAUGAAAUCGAGCGUGCGUUCUUGGUUUAUGUGCCAGAGGCGCCACGCGUUUCACCAGAUGUCGCCACCGAUUGGGAGGCAUUGAGCGAGGAUACCGGCGAUGGUGGCAAGAAACUAGAUAUUAAAAUACCAGAUACGAAUGGUAUUCAUGGUCGCACCACUGACGACAGUAUUGAAAAUACAUCCGAAGUAGAUUUGAAUGAUGGCAUAAGCGCCACGGACGAGGAGCAACCUGCCACGCCUAUAACCAAUGGCAAUGGUAGUGACACAGCGCCACAGACACCAGUGAAAGAUGACAAUGCACCGACAGAUGAAGGUGACGAAGGCACGCAGGAAAAUGGAGAAGCGGAAGCUCUUAAUGGUAAUGGCAGUGCCAGUGACGAUGUUGAUGCUGAUACUCAAAUUGAUAUUGAGGCCGAAGCUGCUGAUGACGCUGAGGCUGCGGCAGAGGCCGCUGACCCUGAGGUAGAAAUAACUGAAGAGGAGCCAAACAACGAUAAUGAAACGAAGGUAGAAGCUGCAAAUGAAAACGAAGCGGAGCACAGUUCUGAACCUGAACCAGAAUCAGAACCGGAACUAGAAGUUGAAGAUGAACCUGAAUCCACAACGAAAUCCGACAACGAAGCCGAGUCUGAACCAGAACCAGAAGAUGAUGUUCAUGUCAUUACAGAUCCGCAUACAGCCGAACAGCUCGACGAAAAUCACAAUGAAGAUAAAUAUGGCAAUGGUGAUGCCAGUUCGCCCACCUCAUCGUUGGCCAUUGAAGGCUUCGUGGCUGGCGCAUCGGAGGAUAAUAGAGUUCAGUCACAAUCCGCUGCUUAUGUACAUGAAGUAUUAACGCUAAGCAUACAAGAGUCCGAUAUACGCAAUGCCAUUGAUUCCGGUGAUAUGGAGCAAUUAGCGCAGAUUGUACUUAAUGGUGAUGGCAACAAGUUGGUGGAUAUGAAAUCGAAUAACCCAGAUAUACAGGCGUUUCUCAAUAAUGUGCCCAAUUAUAUGAGUAAAAUACGCCGAGUACACGAAGCAGCUCGAGAAGGCAGUUUGCUUGCUUUGCAGCAGGCUUUGGAUAGGCGAAAGUUUGCCGUUGCCAAGGAUGAGAUCUCACCUAAUGGGGCAACGCCUUUACACGUGGCAGUGCUUUUUGGAAAUGCUGAUAUUGUUCGCUACCUGGCGGCACGUUUUCCAGAAACUACCACAAUCACCGAUAACGAUGGUCGAACAGCGCUUCAUUAUGCCGCCACUAUAAACGAUAAUGGGCACUUCUACAACGUACUCGCACAGCUAGGUGCCAACAGUAAAGCAGUGGAUAAACUCGGUCAUACACCAGAACUCUAUCAGCAUAAUGAGGAGGCCAAAGAUAUACUCAACUAUAGACAACUACUAAGUAAUUUCGGCGCUGAAGAUCUCGAAGAUGAACUGUUAAAUGAUCAAGGUCAAGUUGAAAAUGGUAGCAGUCAAAUGAAUCCUAUUUUCAAAACGGAGCAAGGCAAAUAUUUGGCAAAUAAUCUAGCUGAUCCACUUAUCAAAGCACUCACUGAAAUCGCCAACAAACGACCCGAGGAUCCGGUCGCUUUUCUUGCUGAUUAUUUACAAAAUUACAUGCAUCAACGCGAUCCCGCAGAGGCAAGCAACAGUGGUAAGACCAAUUCAACCGCACCUAUUACGUCCAACUCGCCGAUGCUGCGUCGCACUGGUAUGGGUUUGCAAAGUGUCCAUAUUGGAAACGGCGAUGAAGAUCGCAUAGAAGAGGAUCACAUUUCAAUCGCUGAUGAGGAGGAGGAGUCACAUGCCAAUCUCGAUGAUCGCGAUGAGCACGGCCAAAGCAUGCUACAUUUUGCUUGUGCCCGUUCACAUCGACGCGGUGCGCUGAUGCAUCUUAUCGAAGAAUCAAAUGUCGAUAUAACAUAUCGGGAUGAAUUGUAUAGGACGGCGCGUGAUGUAUCGCUACAAGCGAAUCAGCCAUCGAAUGCGAAAGAUAUCGAUCGUUACGUGCUAUCGCUAGCUGUGAUUGGCGACAUGAAACCCUUUGAGAUCCUCGCAGUGGAAGGCUACGAUCACAUAGUCGACAUUACUGACGACAGCGAAGUGAGUAUUGGAGAAAUAGCUGCGGAACGUGGCCAUGAUGAACUUGCUAAUUUUCUACGCAAUUUGCGUACACUGGAGGAACUACGUGAGGAGUUGCAUCAAAUGAUAAGGGAUGGCAAUGUUGGACGUGUAAGGGAAAUAGUUGCUGAUUCGAAUGGCAAAUGGCUCUUAAAAGCCAAAAACUAUUAUGGACGCACAGCUUUGCACAUCGCCGUUUUGAAAGAGAACGAAGAAAUUGUGGAACACUUUGUGAGCCUCUAUCCAGACUUGCUUAAAAUCGGUGAUAAUCUGGAACGCACAGCUUUGCACUAUGCCAUGGGCACAAAUGCCAUCGAAAGUCUAAGUCGCAUACUCAUACAAAAAGGUGCCAAGCGUACAACCAAAGAUCUGAAAGGACGUCAGCCAAGUUAUUAUUUUAUGAAUAAAGCCGAUAUAUUACGUUUGCAAGAGGAAGAGGAAGAGAAUCGUUAAAUACCUGCAUAUGUAGUGCAUGGCGAUAUUGUUUCGUUUUUUUAUACAGAAGUGGCUUGUUGAAAUUCUAAAUAGUUAGUAGUCCUUUAAGUUAGGCUAUAUGUAGGUUAUCAAUAGAGAUUAUCAUGAGCAGCAGCGUGAAAUGUGUGCUAAGUGGAAGCUUUAAAUAAUGCGAAAAAAUAUCGAAAUUAGUAAAGGAGCAAAUAAAAUAUUUUAUUAAUAAAAUAGUUUCUAGAAAAGAAAAAAAGUCAUAAAAAUUACGUCAAGCAAUAUUGCUAUUAUUAUUUACGGUAGUGUGAAAUUUAGGAAUAGAGAAAUUUUCUAAGUAAUAAAAUUAAAUAAAAUUUGUGUCAAAUUAUAAAUGGAAAUUUAAAUAAAAGUAUGCUUCACUAAAAUUACAAAGGGAGCUCGGAACGUUGAUAAUAUACUUCUUCAUAUAUAUGUAUACAUGUGUAUAUAUGUAUCUGCUAUCAAU